AUGUCCAAGGAAGACCAACGAGGGGCACGCAAUCGACAGGCCAGCGAAACCAUCUUGGCCUUCCCUCCAUCAGAUACAUCGUUUCUGCUCGAACCGAACCUCCUCUCCCAUAAGCCUACUGGUGAAUUGACCACCAACUCUUGUGAUCGACGGGCCCCCGGUCGAACAUUGUUGCAUGAGGGGGUGAUUCUGGAUGAUGAAGAGAUGAUUUCGGUUUUGCUGGCUCAUGUCGCCGAUGUGAAAGCUCGGGAUAAUGAUGGACGGACGCCUCUUCAUCUGGCUGCGGCCCUAGGACACGAAAGGGCAGGACGCCUAUUGCUUAUGCACGGGGCUGCGGCGACUCUGUUGAUGGUAGAUGGACAUGGAAUGACUGCCAUGCACCUUGCGGUUCAGAAUGGACAAACUAGGAUGGUCAAGGCUUUGCUGGAGUUCGGCGCGGAUGUUAACUUGCGAUUUUGA